UCCAUUUAGAUUUCAAUAGCUUAUAAAUAUUUUAAAUUUGCCUUCAAUUCAAUUCUAUUUAAUUCUGAUCAUCAAAUUGUAACAUGGAAUCAGCCGAAAGCAAGAAAGGUGAGCUGCAUUUUGAUGGUUGUCAAAUUGAAUAUGAAGAUGGCAAGUCUGAUUUUGCAUCUUACAGGAUACUAGAGGAAGCCCCAGGACUUCCAGAUAACUAUUUUGCUGUCACCCCAUGCUUGCAAUUUGGCAAAUUAAACAACAAAACAAUGUCAAUAAAAGUAAUGACACUAAAAACUCUAUGCAUAGCCAGAAAUAAUAAAGUAUGCACAGUACUGUUAAAAAAAAGUGCCAAUGGAAAAUGGCAAGAACAAAAAGAUAUACCGGUAGUAAAUCUGCCCAAUAGGCCAAAUGGAAACAUUAUCCUAAGUCCUCCGACUCCUCUCCAAGUUGGAAGCCGAAAAUCUUUCGUGUUUGUCAUCCCUGAAGAUCAUUUAGACAAAGUUAAAUUUGGAAUAUCGGGUAUGCUCUAUGCAAAAGGAAGCCUUACAGAUGGUAAUUUUGUUGCAAAAUUUUAUUUGCGACAUACUGAGUAUACCCAUUGCCAGAAAGAUGUUGAUCAGACAGAAGAUACACCCAUACUCCACAUUGGCCCACUAUACCUUAAACGGAAGAGCAGAGUUGAAGUCACUCUCGGCAGUGAAGACACAAAUGAAAGUCAAAGGAAUCCACACACGAAAAAAUCAAAAGUGACUCAUGAAAGUAAAGCCACUGUUGAUGUCAGCCAAAUAUUUGAAAAUGGAUACAUGAUAAGUAAUUUUGCACUGAAGGAACGAUCUUCUCGCAUCUGUCUAUAUAUCCAUGAAAGUGCUGAAAAUAUUCAUUUAUUGCGGCAGGUCAACUUUAACACACCUGCCAUUACAGAUAAUUCCAUGGUCAAAAAAAGGCCACAAAACGAUGAACCCAGAGAAAAACAGCCUGAAAUAGAAGUAGACGGUGUCAAAUACAAACUGCUCCGUAGUAACGACUUAUAUGUUGAGCCUUCACUGAUCGAAAAAGUAACAGCUAUUACUAAGUCUCAGCAAACAAUAAAAAAAGCGAAUGAGUUAUACGAAGGAUACAUGGACGAUAUGGUACGAUGCAAAGUUCAUGUGAAAUUGGUUAAACCAGAGAAAACCAAGAUCCAAAUUGGCAUGCCGGUUCAUAAAAAUGUUCUCAAGAUUACUGCAGCAAAUACUCUUCCAACUAACGACAAUAUAGGUUUCAUUGCAAUGGAGCACUUGGGAAAAGGAUUCAAACUUCUUUCUAAAUACAUAACAAGUAACUCAGAUGGGCCAUCAAUUUCAAAUGACUCAAGUGGGUCAGUGAUUUCAAAUAAGCUAGAUUUAAACGAACGAACGAAAAUCAUACUGCAGAUUAUACAGGCAUUUUCCCAUUUGGGAUGGGGAAAGAACGGAUAUGUUGAUGUACGGCUUUCUAAGAUUUAUUAUGGGAAAGGCCAAGUUAAAUUGCUUCCCCCCCAAGCUUCCAAAACAGUCGAAGAAACUGAUAUAGAAAAAAAUCUGACUGAAUUGAAAACAACUUGCGAACAAGUAAUUCAAAUUGCAAAUCAACCCAAUAGUAAACAAACAGGGUUUUGCCAUCUUUUUGGAACUAUAACAACUGAUGCAUCGCUACUGCCCUCUUGUGUCAGUGAACAUUUUUUCUUCUUUAACACCAGUAAACAAUGGCAAUUCAUACAAAACGCUUAUAGACAGUUCCAGCCUUACAAUGAAUUUUUAAGCUGGAAUUCCGAAAUAUGCAUGCAGGUGUUGGGUACGAGUGAUUGGACGAAAAUGUUCAAAAAAGAAAAGGAUGGGAUUUUAUAUUACACUGCCAAUAAUACAAAUGGCAAUGUGGGUUCAGUUUAUAUCGGAAAAUCCGGCAAAUCUUUGUUGUGUUUUUAUCGAAAUGUUUUCACCCAUCAUGGAGACAAAAAAAUAUUUGAUAUUCCAGAAUUGCGAGAUAAAGAUGUCUGUGAUUGGUACGGAGAGUUAGGUGUAGACAAUGAUGAUAAACUGUUAUUGAGACUCUCAAACAAAUUUCCAAAUUUUCUUGGAUAUAUCUACGAUAUAUAUCAUAAGUAGCAGCAUGUCUGAUCGCCUUUUGUAGCUUUUAUCUGAUCAUUGCUCUAUGACCUUGCUUUAAAAAAUUUUAGCCUACAAAGUUUCUUGCUUACAUGAAAUUGAUUGAUGUGAUUGAUUAAUGUGAUCACUUUUUCAAAUUUUUUACUUCACACAGUUAGGUUCAGCAUGAGAGAUUGAAAAAUAAUGCAAGAAUUCAAGCAAGCUUACCAAUUUUCAUAAUAACUGAAAUUAACCAUUUGUUUAUGUAGAUUUUUAAGUAAUGCUUCAAGAUGACUUUGUAAAUAAAAUUAAGUCCAAAUAUUAUAAAGUUCUGUUCUUUCUUUGGCUCUUUGAAUACUAUUGGAUUGCCUGACUAUUUGAGUUUAUCUGAGUACAAAUGUAUUUUUCGUAAAUGAUAUUAGAAAAUACAAUUAUGUAGCUUAAUUUUUUGAGUUUAAAUGACUAUUUAUCAUUUUUUUCAUUUCAAUAAAUGCAUAUUUUGGUACUCCAGAAGUAUUUGCACAAAGAUGGCGGACAACGGAACGCAGUAUGUGUACAAGUUUAAGGUUAGGCCAUAACACCAGGU